UCACAAGUGUCCAUUCAUUCCUCGUGAGUCUGUGUGAGAGUUUAGAGUUUACACAUGGAUCACAGCACCCAGAGCGGGCAGGUCACUCACCUGUGGUGAGUGGGGACAGAGUGGGGACUGCUUCAGGAUGCCGUCACUGAGGGCCAGAGCCAGAUACUCAUUAGCGUGCUGGAAACAGUCUGCUCAGGCCCUGUGGCAGUGGGGAGAGACCUCCCAGUGGACCGGGGCUCCAUCCCUGAUGCAGCGUGGACAAGCCGGGGUAUGUGGCAACGGAGCAGGAGGGGGUCAGUGGACGGGCACUUGCCAAGAGGGCACAUCAGGGGGACUCUGGCUAAACAGAGCUGAUGGGGCUGCUGCUGCAGGCAGGCUGGGUGAUCCCCACGCCACCUGGCCGGGGGAUGGGGGGACCAGCCAGCUCUCUGGGGGAUCAGACACAGGGCAGGGGCUCUUGCUAAAACUGGGUAAUGCAGAACUAAACUCAGAAGCUCAGAGGUCGAGGCCUGGCUGAAAGGAGGGUUCAGAGUGGCCCAACUAAAGUUGGGUCAGGGAAUGAGUCCAGGAAGCCAGCUGGGCUGUGGGAAGGCAGACAUGAAUCUGAGACAUGCCCAGGGUGGGGGCGCCUGUGGGCUCUGAACUGAGCCUUCCAGAGUUUGAGCCUGGGUGGUCCUACUAGGUUGAAUGGUGUUCCCCACAAAAUUCAUGUCCACCCGGAACCUUAGAAUGUGAGCUUAUUUGGAAAUAGGAUCUUUGCAGAUGGUGUUAGUGAAGGCGAGGUCAUAUUGGAGUAGGCGGGCCUAAUCCAAUGACUUGGUGUCCUCAUAAGAAGAGAGACACAGAUUCGGGAGACAGCCAUGUGACCAUGGAGGCAGAGACUGGAGGGACGUGGCCACGCGCCCAGGGCCAGCUGGAGUGCCCAGAACCUGGAAGAGGCAGGAAGGACCCUCUUCUGAAGCCGCUGGAGGGGGGUGCAGACCUGAGACCUUGAUCUGACUUGUGGCCUCCAGAAUGUGAGAGAGUAAGUCUCUGCGGUCUUCAGCCUCCCAGCUUGUGGUUGUCUGUUUCAGUGGCCCCAGGACAUUCACACAGACUGCUUUGCAAUGGAGUGGCUCUGCCUGCCUUGGAAACUGCUCCCAAGAGAAGAGAAUGGCUGCUGGCUACCUGCCCCCAUGGCCCCAGGAGUUAGUGACCUUGGAGGAUGUGGCCGUGGACUUCUCCCGGGAGGAGUGGGCGAUGCUGGAUUCUGCGCAGAGGAGGCUCUACAGAGAGGUGAUGCUGGACACCUGCGCGAACCUGGCCGCCCUGGGAGCCUUGAAGAACCAAAGUUCUGAUACCGGCAUUGACGAUGGCACACUUUCCCCAACACAAGCCUCUCCGGCCACCAGUCCUUCCCCAUGGGCGGGGUGUCCACUCUUUUUACCAGUGGUGCCUUCCCACUUGGAGCCAGGAGAAGCCAUGUGGAUGGGGCCACAAGGAAGUCCCCAAACCUCCUGUUCAGAUUUGGAGACUAGUCUGAAAAGCCAAGAGUCAAUUUAUAAGAAGGUGGUUUUGGAGGAAGAACCAGCCAGUGGUAUGAAUAUCAUAAAGCUCCCCAGAGAACACUGGGCAUGUGGUCAGCUGGAGGAGAACCAUGAAGACUCCCACAGGCUUUUGAGGCAAAUGGCAUAUACCCAAGCAGAGGCAUUUGCUCCAAAGGAGACCACUGCCUGGCGUGAGUUUGGGGAAACCUGUAGUAUGAACUCAGACCUUGCUUUAUCACAAGGAGGUUUUGUAGGAAAACAUUUCCAUGACUGUGAUCUUGAUAUUGAGAGUUUGGUAGCUGAUCUGUUCUUAAAACAUCAUCAGAUGGGAUACUCAGACCAGAGGCCCUGUGAAGGGAAUGAAUGUGGAAAAGACAUCAGCCCAAACAGUCCCCUUGUUCAACACAAAAGAACUGGAAUCUGUAUGUAUGCAGAAAGUGGGGAGUCAUGUAAUCAUGGUACGGCUCUUACAACACACACCACAAUUAAUACGGUGGGGAAACCCUAUGAAUGUUACCACUGCGGGAAAAUGUUUAAUCGGAGGCAUUCCCUGAGUGAACAUCAGAGAAUACAUACAGGAGAGAGACCAUAUGAAUGUCAGGAAUGUGGGAGAGCCUUUACGCACAGCUCAACCCUCACACGACACUUGAGAACUCAUACUGGAGAGAAGCCCUACACGUGCAGUGACUGUGGGAAAGCCUUCAACAGGAUUUCAUCUCUUACCCAGCACCGGAGGAUUCACACAGGGGAAAAGCCCUAUAAAUGCAAAGACUGUGGAAAAUCCUUCUGCCAGAGUUCUUACCUGAUCUUGCACAGGAGAACACAUACUGGUGAGAAGCCCUACGAAUGUAAUGAAUGUGGAAAGGCCUUCAGUGAUCGCUCCUCACUUAACCAACACGAGCGAACUCACACUGGUGAGAACCCCUAUGAAUGUAAUCAGUGUGGAAGAGCCUUCAGCCAGAGGUCUUCCCUCGUUAGGCAUGAGAGAACUCACACUGGAGAGAAACCGUAUAGCUGUAAUGAAUGUGGGAAAGCAUUCAGCCAGAGCUCAUCCCUCAUCACCCAUCAGAAAACUCACACUAGUCAGAAAACCUAUAAAAUAAUUGAUUGUGGGAAAGCUUUCUAUCAGAGCAGCUACCUUAUUGGAUUUUAGAUAUUAUUGCUGCUCUGCAAAGUGACUUUUAGCACUCUACUACUUAAGUGUGGAUAGGUUUUGCCCUUCUGAUGUACUAUUUGAAAAGAAGUAGGUGUAUGCCACAUUCUUGAAGAAAAACACUGAGGUCCAGAUCUGAGAAGGGACCUUUUUAAUGGGGAGAAUUGCCAUUGAGCUAUGCCCAAUGCCUGUCCUUUUGGAAGAGAUUAAUAAAUGUGAACACUAACAUGCAGUGGGAUUUUGCUAAGAAUUGUCACAUUAAUUUAGUUGUUGAAACAAAAGGUAUUCUGUUUCAACCUUUUGUUUGAAAAUUCAGUAUUAUUGUUUCAAUAAUCGGUUUCAAUAUUUUACAUAGUCAUUCUGCCCCUGUUGGUCACUUAGCUAGGUCCUAACUUGUUUCUUGCCCUGCUGUGGCAAUGCAGUAUGUAUGCUAACACAGAAGGAGCUUUGGGUGCAAGGUGGAAAAUAAAGAGUGCAAAAUAGUAUGUGUGAUUCUAUCCAGUGAAGCCAAAAUAUGUACAUAAGUGGACAAAGGCCGGACAGAGAUGUGGAGGAAUGAACGGAGUUUAUUUGUCAGAGUUUUCUGAUUAUGUGUGAUUGUCUGCCUUUUGCCGUUUUGUUUGGUAUUGCCAAACAAUUAGCUAUUUUGUUUGGCAUUUGCCAUUUUGUAUUGGUAAUCAGUAGAAAUCGGACAAUGCCAAGGGAUAUAUCCAGUUUCUUGGAACAGUCAGGGAGGACUGUGGACGCCAUGAUGGGAAGGGUACAAUGCAGUAGGUCAGCGGAGCAGCCUUUGAUGGCCUGGGAGAAGUCCCAUCUGUGAGGUGGACUUGGCAGAGCAGAGACCACGAGCUCUGAUGUGCAUCAUCACCAUCAGCGUCAACAUUUUCUGGUUGCUUGCUCUAUCUCCAGCAUCACUCUGGCUCUUAUAUGCAGUUCCUCGUUUAAUCGGAACAACCCCAUGAGAUGGUAGCUGUUCGCAUCUCUGUAUGACAGCAGGGGAAACAGAAAUAAGGUAACUUGUCCAAAGUCAGACGACUAGAAAGGGGCAGAGCCAGGAUUUGAACUUGAACAACCUGUUCAAGGGGAGCUGUGUUUUCUAAAUUCUCCUUGGAAGCCACCUGACUUUCAUCUGAAUUUUUCCCUCUCUCUGGAGCUGAUGAGGAUGGUUGCCUGUCAGAUCUUUCAACUAAGUGGCACCUGAUCACAUCGGUGUUGUUGCCUUUCUCCAAAGUAGAGAUACCUCAUCUGGAGUCCGUGUAGACCUUCGCUGGGCUGAUGGAUGUUCCUUGAAGGGCUCUGUGAACAAUCUUGAGUUGGAUGCAGAAUAUGUGCUGGGGCAUGAUGUGUUAUCUGGGGCAGUGUCUGUAGCUUUCAUCCCAUUCUGAGGACUAGCUGACAUGGGGGUGUCACGGAUGCACUGUUUUUCAUUUCGCAGGGAGCCUGGUUCAUUGUGUAGCCAGACCCAUGAUGGAGUGAGGGGCUGGGAUAGACAUUAAAAAGCUGACUACAUACUUUAAUUAAAUAAUUACAGAUUUUGGCAGUGCUCUUGGGGACUUAAACUAAGGAUGCUGCUGUGAUAGAUAAUAUGAGAGGGACCAACCUCAGGGCCUUUCUGAGAACCUGAUAUUUGAUUUGAGAUGUGAGUCACUGGAGCCUCCAAGGUAGGGAUUUAACCAGAGGAGACCUUCAGUUUAGCUUUGUUUUCACAUAUUUAAAAAUAUAUAUAUAUAUAUUUACAAGGGUGUCUGGCUGGCUUGUCGGUAGAGCGUGUGACUCCUGAUCUCAGGGUCGUGAGUUCAAGCCCCACGUUGGGCA